AAUUCAGUUUUCAAAAUGGCGGCGAAGAGCGGUGGCUCCGUUGACUGGUCGUCAAUUAUUAAGCCAAUUUUAUCUGCAUCUUAUGGUUCAUUCAACAAAAAUGAGAUUAUUGACCUUGUUAAAGCAAUUGUCAAAAGUGAAUCAGAAUUUUCAAAUCACGAUGAAUCCCAUGAGGCCUUUUAUACGUCUUUUGCUGCUUUAAUUGCUGAUUACAUCAGUGGUUACGCGAAUUCAUUAUCGAAAAAUCAAAUUCCACUUGUUUGGCAAGCAUGCAAAAUUCUAUUGGUCUACUUAGUGGGAAAAUUGCCCCAAAAUCAAACCCAACCUGGCGAUGGAUCGUCAACGAUUUUAACAACGAAACAAUUGCUUCUUGCAAUUCGUUCACUUUGUGUUGGACAGUCACUUCUCGUAAAAACAGAAGAAGUUGCUCUAGUCACAAUUCUGAGAAAUGCAAAAUUACCAUCAUCAGCAACAACAUCAACAACAACAACAGCAACAGGUACAACAACGCCAUUAUCGACAAAUGGCGAGAAAGAAUCAAAUCAACAACACAUCAAGGAAGCAAAGAGAAGUCGAAGCGAUUUGUCGAGCAAUAUUCUUGAACAAUUAACAAUGCCUCUUCAAGAAUUUAUUCCUUCAUUAUCGGCGAGAAUUGAUGUUACCUCCGAUGGAACGAAACUACCUGAGAAUGUUUCCAACGAACAAGCCUCAGACAUAAAGAUGAUGUUCACGGCGAAUAAUAUAGGAACUCUCCAAAAUAUCAGCGCUGGAGACACAUUAUUAGACAUGUGUACAAAUCUUCCGCAUUUGUCACGCUACAGUCGGAAGUAUCAAACUUUUUUAAAUCGUAAAAGUUUCUGCCUCCCUUCAAAUCAUUCAGAAGCGCAUACAAUACGUUACAGUCUUCAUUCAGUUGUGAAUGAUAUAAAUAUCGUUCACAGUGUUGUAUCAUUGCCGAUUCUCGAGCCAUUGACACCAGUGAAAUUAGAGAAAUUAUCACUACUCACAAUGUCGUGUCUCUAUUGUUCAAUUGCAAAUGCAACAGCGUCGAGUAUCGUUGGCAUAACGAAUGCAGUGUCACCGAAAUGUAGUACAAAUCAAGCUGGCCAAGCAACUGGCAAUCAAAGUGGUAAAAGUGCCGAGGAGGAAUACGAUACAUUAGCAAUAAAUGUUGUGGAGAGAAGUUUAGAAAUAUUCAGUCUAGUCUCAAAUAUAAUAAAAUACAGUACACGAGCCGGUGGUCAUAUUCUGCAGAAUCAUCUUUUGAUUGGAGUUUGGCUUCUUGUUGCCGGGUUGCAGGCGCAAUUGUCAGUGAGUAGUGUGAGUGCGGUGGAUAAGAGUAAGGAGGAGAAGGGAAAAUCGCCGAGUAAGGCUAGAGAUGGAACUGGGAGGAUAAAUUUGAUGAAAGUACAACAGGGUUUUGGUGUAUUGUCAGUGGCGUUGGCGUCACAUGCGUUGACAUUGAUGAGCGCACUUUUGGAGGAUGUUUCCGUGGAGGCGGGUCCGAAUCGUCCGCCAACACCGGAACCGGCGCCUUUGGAUAUUCUCGCGACAGUGACGGCAUUGCAGAGGGCGGCGACAUUUUUCCAAGCGGCGCCUCUUAAUCAUCUGCUUUUCUACUUGGCAACGAUAAGUUACAGGAAAGCUUGCACCUUAAAGCGAGUGCAGAAACAUUCCCUCGAGGGCGACACAUUGAGUCAAUCGGACUCGACCACGUACUACGAGGAUUUGUUGAGUUGCUCGGAGAAUUCGGCCGACGAGGAAGAAGACAGUGAACCGAUUUUGGGACUUUGGUUCGAGGAGACUUUGGCACCUUCAGACAGUCAGUCGAGUAAUGCCUCGAAGGAGACGAAUAAUGAGCCGACUGUCGAGAGAGCGACCACUGCGAUUGUUCCCGAUAAUCGUGAACCACACGGAUAUAUUUCACUGGCAACGCAGAUAUUUCAAUUUAUGAAUCAACAUUUACUGGGAAGUCGGAGUAUUUACGUGAGGGAAUAUGUCAUGAAUGGAUUGGUUGAACAGCAAAUGGUUAUUCUGGCGGCUAUCAUAAGGGAUUUGGAUCAUGAGGCUGCGAGAACGGAAACGGGAACUAUAUCUGUUUUUUAUGGCGCAACACUCGGAGCGAUGUAUUCGGAAUUCUCCCAAGCGCUCAGUUUGUACACACAUAAUUUACUGACGAGAAAUACAUUGAGUGAAACUCUGCAAAAUACGCUUCUGCAACAUUUGGGAGUUAGUCCCUGGGCGACGGAAAAUGCGAAUAGUUCCUCUUGGCCCCUGCAAGUUUAUCCGAGGACACUCAGUGUUCUCGCUCAGAUACUUUUACUAAAACCACAACUCGAAAAGGAAGCAGCGUGCAUAAGUAUUUGGCACCGAUUAGUCACGACAAUGGUAGAAAAUGUUUGCAAUUCACCAGCGAAUUCUGAUGCUGAAAAUGAAGAUUUGAAUGUGGAACAUGCGCAACUUGUUUUGUUUCUCUUUCAUUCUCUGAAUUUAAUGCAAAAGAAAUCUGUUUUGCUCGUAACGGGAAGUGGCGCAGUUCGAUGCAGCGAAGCUGUCAAAACUCCCAUGAAAGAUUCACAAAUUCUUCAUCUAUCGCGCUUGUUACUUCUACUGGAGUAUAUGAUGAAACACCUUUAUGAUGCUCCGUCUUCUCUACUCGAACAGGUGCAAUGGAAUCUUUUAUCGGGAACGAGUUUAGUGUGCGACGCAAAAGAAGGGAAUAAACAGGCAUCAAGAAUUUACACACCAUGGAAGGAGAUUGAAGACAAUUACAAAAAGUUCACACCACAAGAUGAAUUAUCAAUAAAACCGAAAUUCUACAAUUUAACAAUUGCCGAUCUUAAUAAUCAAGAUACACCGAAACUCGAUGGUUUGGCCUGUAAUUUUGUCCUCGGCACAUCGGACAAAAUGAAAUAUCCCCUUCUUGUCGAUGCAUUAAUUGAUAUUCUCAAUAUUAUCAAUCAAACCAGUAUUCCAAGAAAGCAAUCGCCAGAUGCAAAGGAUAAAAUGACAUUCACCGGUCUAUGUGCAACGCAAUAUUGUUUUUCCAUUUGUUGGCGAUUACUUCUCAUGCUACCACCAUCGACAGCCUAUAUGGACGAAUUGGCAUUGGGCGAGGAAAUUCCCUCAACUCCAAUGCUUCUUUAUUCAUUAAUCUGGGGACCGAGGGCCGCUUGUAAAGCAUUCACCGGCUGGAUGAAGGAUUGUCUCGUCAAACAAGGAAUGUACACACAAUAUGCGGAAAAUUUAUUAAAAACAAUUUCGUCAACAGUCACAUCAUUGAAAUAUGACGUUACACUCGCUAAAAAUGCGAUAAAAGCCUUAAUACCAGAAGUGAAGGAGGAGAAAAUAUUACCAAAGAAUUCCCUACCGAAAUUGAGUUCCCUGACAAUAUUGUCGGCAGUAAUUGGCAAAUUACAAGUUAUUAUGGACGAAAGUCUGUAUAAAACAUCGAAUGACAAUAUUGAGCAAUCGAAAAAUCAAUCACAAGAGUCAAUAACUUCGAAUAUUAAUAAAAUGCUAAUAGACAUUUUACCUCAUGUGUUAAAAUUAACGAGAUCAGUGAUUUUAGCAUGUAAAUCGAGUGUUUUGUAUCAAGCUCAAGAAGCUUCGGAUCAAUGUAAAUAUAAUGCGAGAGAUUUUUCCGUUCUUGACAUUAUCAUCGCAAUGGAUGGAAUAACAUCAAUGACUGGUUGGUCACUCGAAACUUCGAUGGUGAAUCUACUUUCAAGCAAUGUUCGCUCGGCUCUCGAUAAAUGGAAAUCUAUAAAUGCGGCCCACAUUCCUUGGAAUACGUACGUCAACGAUAUUAUACCAGCUGAAAGCUAUAUUCUAGCCACGAUAAAUCAUCAUAUUAACCCCCUCUCUGAAUUUGGGACAUUUUCCAUAAAUUCCUCGCUGAAAAAUCUACUCUACUCGCUCGUGAAUUUUAUAAUGGAGUAUGUUAAUCCGAUCUCGGGUUUGGAAAUAUCGGAAAUCUCCCAAAUUCGCGAAGAGGCGAUCGAUAUACUGAUACCGUUGACAAUCGAUGCGCGAACUGAUUAUGUUCAAGAGAUGGCAUCGAAGACUUUGGGGAAAAUACUCGGCGAUACGGACAGUGAACCUAGACAGUUACGAGUUCAUCUCUUCAUUCUUUCGUAUACUUACGAUUUGAUUAUCGAUUACACGAGUAAUAGUGAGGAGGCAAUCAAUAUAACGAUCGACGAGAAAAUAUUGACCAACUAUAUCAAGUACUGGGAGUAUUUGCUUGAUAAACCGGUUGGUUAUAAGGCUCUCGCAGAAUUCUUUGCUCCGGAUACAAAUCGGAAGUUGAUGUCAAUAUUGCUGUCGAUUGCCUCGCCACUGGCUUCGCAACAAUUUGGAACGCAUGUUUUGCAUUUUUUCAAUAAAUUAUUCAAGACUGCGGAGAAAGUGAAUGAUGGAUCUUUGGAUCGAUUGUGUAGUUCGGUGGCGAAUUUAUCGACGGUCGAGAAUGAGAAAUUGCAAACUUGGUUGAGACAUGUGAUACUUGGGGAGAGGAAGGAGCGAAAGGAGGAGGGGACGGAAACUUGGCAGAAUAUUCUCGUGGAUGGAAAGGUGAAUCAGAAUAAUCAUUAUCAAGCGCUGGAGGAAAAUAAUCAGCUGUUACAGUCGUUGACGAAUUAUAUCGUCAAGGAGAAUAGUGGAAAUAAUGUAUCCGUGACGAUGCUCCAGGCGUUGAUUCCCUUGGGCUAUCAUAUUCUGUCGAGUGUCGAGGGUGUUAGCUUCACGGAUUUGAUGCAAGUGAUGUCGACCCUAGCGGAUGUGGGGACCGAUAAAGGUCAUAAGUUAUUAUUCAAGGCGGCGACCGGAUGGAUUGAGGUCUGUAAACAGCAGUUGAUGAGCGAUCCACAACUUGAGAAACCAUCGGGUUAUAUUGAGGCGGGUUGUUGUGUUUUGAACUACAUUGCGGAUGUGGUUUCCGCCGUUUGUCCGCAGAAUUAUUCGCAGGACAGGGCGACGAGUCCGCCUUGGGAGGGAGCGACGCCGGUGAAUGAUGUGAAUGACAGUGAUUGGAAUGAGGAGUUGGUGCAUGAGGACGAUGACAGUGCGGCGGAGGAUUCGGACGAGGAUAGUCUUUGUAAUAAACUUUGUACUUUCACGAUAACUCAGAAGGAGUUUAUGAAUCAGCAUUGGUAUCACUGUCAUGAUUGUAAUAUGGUGGAUGGAGUGGGGGUUUGUACGGUUUGUGCUCGGGUUUGUCACAGGGGACACGAUGUUACCUAUGCGAAGUAUGGGAAUUUUUUCUGUGACUGUGGAGCUAAGGACGAUGCCUCGUGUCAGGCUUUGAUGAAACGAAGUCCACAGAGUUCGGAGCAUCAGAUUGUGGGGAAUAAUAUUGCCUAUGGGACGGGGAAUUCGGACACUACGCAUUUGACGAGUAGUUUACGGAGGAGAGCGUCGAGUCCGAUUCACGAGAAGAGUGAGCGAUCGAGUAAGGAUAGGCAGAAAUUGUCAGCACUUUCGAAGCAACUGGAGGGAUCGAAGGACUGGAUUUUGGCGCAAUUGUGGUCUAGUGAAUUGAUAUCGUCGUUGGUGGAGUUGACCAGUAAUUUGGUGCCGGCUGUUGAGGCGUCUUGUCGAAAACAUUCGGCUGUUGGCUGCCACUCUAGGGGUCAGUUGGCGCUGAGACAACUUCAUCUGUUGGAUAAGAAAUUCGAGCAUACGGAUCAGUUGAUGCUGCCUACGUUGGGCUCCCAGGAGGGGGCUUUUGAGAAUGUGAGGAUGAACUACUCGGGCGAUCAGGGGCAGACGAUUAGACAAUUACUCUCGGCGCAUAUGAUCAGGAGAGUCGCCAUGUGUUGCCUCUCGUCCCCCCAUGGCAAACGACAGCAUCUCGCCGUUUCACACGAGAAGGGAAAGAUCACGGUUCUACAAUUGAGUACUUUACUAAAACAGGCCGAUUCGUCGAAAAGAAAAUUAACCCUCACUCGUUUGGCCUCAGCGCCGAUUCCAUUUACAGUUUUGUCAAUAACCGGAAAUCAGUGGAACGAGGACUUUCUGGCGGUGUGCGGACUCAAGGACUGUCAUGUCCUGACUUUCAACAGUUCGGGAACUGUCAGUGAUCACUUGGUACUGCAUCCGCAUCUAGAGACCGGAAACUUCAUCAUCAAGGCCUUGUGGCUCCCAGGCUCGCAGACCCAACUGGCCCUUGUCACCGCGGACUUUGUCAAAAUCUACGAUCUCAGCAAAGACGCUCUAAGUCCUCAGUACUACUUCCUGGUUCCAACGGGGAAAAUUCGUGACUGUACUUUCAUUCACGCGGAAGAUGGAAUGUUCCACCUGCUGCUAAUGUCCUCAGCCGGUUAUAUCUACAGUCAAGCGAUGGACGAAGAGAGUCUCGCAAAGCACGGACCAUUUUACGUCACAAACACGCUCGAUAUCUAUCACCCAGAAAUUAAGGACAACGGUCAAGUGGGAGGCGGCGGUGUCUCGAUCUACUACUCCCACGCUUUGCAACUUCUCUUCUUCAGUUACGCCUGCGGCAAGAGUUUCAUCGCCCCGUUAAAAUACAUGAAUCUCGAGAUAAAUAUCGUCUUCAUGAUCAAUCUAGCGAACAAAACCAACGGCAACAAAUCAAAUAACAAUCAACCCCAACCACUUUGUCAAUGGAGUGAAAUUGCCAAUCAUCCCGGUUUGGUCUGCUCCGUUCUCCAAAGCAGUAAUAAUCCCGUGAUUCUGAUGAUCAAACCCGAAACAAUAAUGAUACAGGAAAUUAAGGUUGUGCCGGCAAAGGCGAAAAUAAUGGAUAUUGUCGCGAUUAGACACUCGAGUUCAAAUGCGGAGCAUAGAACAACGUUGAUUUUGCUCUGUGAGGAUGGAAGUUUGAGAGUUUAUAUGGCGGCGAUGGAUCAGACGGGAUUUUGGAUGUCGCCGAAUGUUCAACCGGUGGGAACAAUUGCCACCAUUAAGCAGACGAAAAAGAAGAAGGCGAUGAAAACGGGAAAACCAUCGGGAUCGGUCGUAUUUCCGGUUGAUUUCUUCGAACACUGUCAAUCGAUGAAUGACGUUGAAUUCGGUGGAAAUGACUUGCUGCAGAUUUAUAAUGUGGCACAAAUUAAACAUCGAUUGAAUACCACUGGGAUGUAUGUUGCAUCGACGAGACAACUUGGUUUUAAUGUUGAGGUCAAUAAUAAUGAUCCCACUCUAGUCAUGACGGGAUUUAGAGUUCAAUUGGGAAAUCAGGAUAUUCAACGGGCACCUCUCUUUGUUGAAAUUUUCGGCAGAAGUGUCAGAAUAAUGCUGACGCGAAGCAGAUGGUUCGAUAUUCCUUUAACAAGAGAGGAAAGCUUGCAAGCGGAUAAAAAAUUAGUCAUUACUUUUGGUCCAUCGCAAGAUGCCGAGGGCGUCAUUAUGGUCGAUUCAAUUAAAGUAUAUGGAAAAACGAAAGAUGCCUUUGGUUGGCCAGAAGAACCGGAGGAAAUUACCGCUGGACAAUCGACAUCGGCUCCUGCUGCAACUGGAGCACCUGUCAAUAAUGAAAAUGAAAGUACACUUGUCUCUCCAGUGACACUAACAUCUAUUGACAAGAUGACGUCUAGUAUCUUGCAAGUUCUAGUUUCCUCCUUCACUCUCUCUUCCAGUGAUGAAAAUAAAUCCUCAUUAAAAUCAACAGCAAUUGAAGUUGCCUCUAAUCUUUUGACACUACCAAUUCCACAACAAGUUCAAGUGCACACAACUUCGCUUCUAGCUGCUCUACACAAUUCAAAAUUAUCCUAUCACUCUCACAAGGAUCAAGUACUUCUGUCGCAUGUUCUCGAUUCAUUGAGUUCAAUGCAAAAAAUAAAUGAUCCACGUGACAUUGAUGCGGAGAAUUUUUACCGACUUGUUCUUAUUGUUCGAAAUAUUGCCGUUGCUCGUCCUGGUAAUUUAGCCAAGUUUGCCGAUCAGCAUUCUGCUAAAUCAAUCGAUAUAUCGAGUAUUCCCGUUUUCGAAAAGGAUCGUCUUGAUUCACAAUCGACGACUGAUAAGAAUCAACAUUUGGUGGUGCAAUUAAUGGACGUUUUGUGGUCACUUUAUGCUGCGUAUCCAAAAAAUAUGGCCCUGGCGCCAGUUGUGGUGCCAGGUUUGACUCACACAGAGGCAACAAUUCACGCGAUUGUUGAAAUAAUUCACGCCUUUACAACCUGCGACAUUGAGGGUAACACGCCAUUGGCAGCGAAGCUUUAUCUUCAAUUAUUAUUAUCCUCGGACACGAGUAUCAGCUUUAGUGCAAAGCAAGCAAUCAUUCGUGUUUUGAGACCCAGAUAUAAACGUCGACGUGUUUUUAUACCGAGUCCUCCACAUUGCAGUACUCCAGGUGCGCCGAUGGAAACAGAGGAAAAACGAGAAAUUUCGGUGCAAUCGUCUCAAGAUUCAGCGGACGUUGAACAGCAAUAUGAAGUUGAAGCAAAUGAUCCAAUGGCGUUGAGUGGUAACGAUGAUAAUCGAGCAUCGGGAGGCCGAGCGGGAAAUCAUCCUCUGGAAGCGCUUCUUGGUCCUGGAGGAUUUCCACAAUUGUUGGAUAUGCCACCGGCUGACGACGAUGAAGUAAUGGUUGAAUUGGCAAUUGCCCUCAGUCUACAGGAUCAGCAAAGAGCUGGUAACAGUCAAGUUCCUCAGCAAGGCUUUCCACAGGGUCUUGCCAAUAUUCCCGGACUUCAGGGUUUGGAGAAUUUAAAUGGACCCGAAUUAGAUCGAAUUCAAGCGUUGGCCGUUCAGGGUCUUUCGCAGGCUGUCGAGAGAUUGAAUGUCGCCGUCUUGGGUCAAGAAGGAAGUCAUUAUUCGGACACAACAGCUUCUGCUGGAGGCUCGGACGAUGAGGGUUCAACGGCUGCAACUGACGGCAGUACUUUAAGAACUUCGCCAGCCGAACAAGGGGGAAGUGGUGGCAGUAAAGGAAGUGAAAGCGGUGGAAGCGAUUCAGGUGGCAGUGCAGUUGACAGCAUCACUGGCGAACACAACGUUUCCGGAAGAAGUUCCGCCUACGGUGACAACGCUCCCGAAAGUAUACCUUCAAUGAAUAUCGGUCAGCCUUCACGUUCUGAAAAUAGUUCCGUCGGUGCUGCGACUGCUUUCAGCGCUACGGAACAGGAACAAGAACAGGAACAGGAGCAGGAACAAGUAUUGGAACAAGAUACGGAUAAUGUCGGUGAAAAUACAAUGAAUCUUCACGAUAUCAGACUUUUGCUACUUGAUAAAUUGAUGCAAUUUAUUCCCGAUUUGACAAAUGUCUCUGGCGUGUUAGCAAUUCCAUUUAUGCAGGUAAUUUUGAUGUUAACUUCCGAUCUCGAUGGUAUGGACGAAAGAGAUAAAACGUGCGUUGAACGACUAUUGCAAAUUUUGGUGAAAGAAUUGGAAAUGGAAAAUCCCGAUACAAGUGACAUUUGCCAAAGAAGCAAUAAGAGAGAAGUUCAUCUUGUAAUUAUGCGACUGCUGAGUGUUUUAAUGUCAAGAUCAAAAGGCAGUACAAAGAGUCAAGUUGAAAAUCCAAAUUUUGUAUCACAAACAACUGCGGCUAUUUUGAGUAAUAAUGGAGUCAUCGAUUAUUGCUUGAAUCUUCUGAAAGCACUACUUGACUAUUGGAAAAACACCUCGAACGAAGAAGCUGGAAACGUGAUUGGUGGUCAGUUACUGAAGGAACAUCUCAUUGCAUCUCCACCCGAUAUGUCGCCAUUCUUCUUGAGACAGUACGUUAAAGGUCAUGCGAGCGAUGUUUUCGAACCGUAUCCACAAUUGUUGACUGAAAUGGCGCUGAAAUUACCGUACCAAGUGCACAAGUAUGCAGAAAAUUCAGUCGUACAACCAGAAUUCGAUCAGCAAGCAUGGUUCUACUAUCUUUGCGAGUACAUGAUGUCGUAUCAAACACCAUUCGUGAGACGACAAGUUCGUAAAUUAUUGCUUUUCAUUUGUGGAAACAAGGAUAAAUAUCGACAAUUGAGGGACUUGCACUCACUCGUUUCUCAUGUCCAGUCAGUACAACAAUGUUGUAAUACGGGCGGUUACGAUCCACUUAAUUCUCAUCCUCUGGCAAUUAAUUUGCCUUACGAUUCGCUCGUCGAACUGAUAGAGCAUCUCAAGAGUUGCGUCGAAGUUGCCACCAGUAGAACUGGCAAUUGGCAGAGAUUUUGUUCAAAACACAACACAGUUCUGUCAUAUUUAUUCACUAUCUCGACACUUUUAGACGAAGGCGUCAGUCCCACGGUUCUUCAACUACUGCAAUGCGCAAUUUGUUCCAGUAAAUUCAAAGAAGUCAAAAGCAAGGACACAAAGUCAACGACAUCAUCGACAAAAGAAAGAAGAGAUCGAGAAAAAUCUGAAGAUUCGGAUACAGAGGCAAAAUUCGAGGAAGCACAAUGUGUAUUUCUGGUUAAACAAAUUCAACAACAAGUUUCACCGGCCUUGCUUACGAAAUUUAUUCAGACAUUCCUUCUCGAGGCGAAUAAUACAAAUGUGCGCUGGCAAGCACAUUCACUAAUACUCGCCAUCUAUAAAAAUUGUGGUCCAUCAAAUCAGGAAAUUCUUCUCGAUCUCCUCUGGCGAUUGUGGCCCCUACUUCCAAUGUACGGCCGCAAAGCCGCACAAUUUGUCGAUCUACUCGGUUAUUUCUCAUUAAAAACACCACACACCGGCAAUAAAAUGCACGUCUACAUGGAGCAAGCAGUCGCCGUAUUACACGCCGAAAACGAAUUACUAUCCCGUCAUCCAAAUGCGAAUCUCUACGCAAAUCUUGCCCAAUUCGUCGAACUCGAUGGCUAUUACCUGGAGAGUGAACCAUGUCUCGUUUGUAACAAUCCCGAGGUCCCGAUGUCGACCAUCAAACUCUCUUCGAUUAAAGUAGAUUCAAAGUUUACGACAACUACUCAAAUAGUUAAAUUAGUGGGUAGUCACACCAUAAGUCGUAUCACCUUACGAAUUGGAGACUUAAAGAGAACUAAAAUGGUGAGAACAAUCAAUGUCUUUUAUAACAAUCGAUCAGUACAGGCAGUUGUGGAAUUGAAGAAUAAACCCGCCAUGUGGCACAAGGCGAAGAAAAUAACUCUCGCUCAGGGACAGACGGAAAUUAAGAUCGAAUUCCCCUUGCCCAUAGUGGCUUGUAAUUUGAUGAUCGAGUACGCUGAUUUUUACGAAAAUAUACAAGCAUCGUCGGAGACGUUGCAAUGUCCGAGAUGUUCGGCGAGCGUACCGGCGAAUCCGGGUGUUUGUGCGAAUUGUGGCGAGAAUGUAUUUCAGUGCCACAAGUGUCGGGCUAUUAACUAUGACGAGAAGGAUCCAUUCUUGUGUCACGCUUGUGGUUUUUGUAAGUACGCGAAAUUUGAUUAUACACUCACGGGACGUCCUUGCUGUGCUGUGGAUCCGAUCGAGAGUGACGAGGAUCGAAAGAAGACGGUCGCGACGAUCAACACAUUGCUCGAGAAGGCGGAUCGAGUUUAUAAGAGUUUGAUUUCGAAUAAACCGACACUGGAGAUGUUGCUGGUGAAGAUAUCGGAGCAUCGAUCGGAUAGGAGUUUGGAAGAUGGGGGUGUUGUUGCCGGGGGAAGUACGCAAGUAAAUCGAGCGAUACAACUUUUGGCGCAGAAAUAUUGCGGGGAGUGUAAGACAUCUUUCGAGGAAUUGAGUAAAAUUAUACAAAAAGUCCUGGCAUGUAGGAGGGAAUUGGUGGCGUACGAUCGGAAUCAGAGAGGAUUGGCGGUGAUUCAGCAUCAGCAGGCGUCGACGAGUGAUGGAUCGGUUGAGCCGAUAGCGCCGAAUGCGGGGCGAUGUUACGGGUGUGCGUCGGCGGCGACGGAGCAUUGCUUGACACUGUUGAGAGCGUUGGCUACGAAUCAGGCGGCGCGGGAGGUUUUGUGUAAACAUGGAUUGAUACAGGAGUUGGUGGAGCAUAAUUUGAGGAAAGGGACGAUACAGAUGCAGGAGGAGGUGAGGCAGUUGCUCUGUUUGGUGACGAGGGAUAAUUCGGAGUCGACGAAGGAGCUUUGUGCGCUUUUGACGAAUCGGGUGACGAUGACGCUGAAGGGGAGGAUUGCGACGCAUGAUCUGUCGAUGGCGGUGAGGCAUGAGAUGUCACUUUUGGCGGCGUUGGUGCAGAAGGAGGAUUCGUGCUGGGAGCAGAAAUUGAGAUGUGUGAUGCAAUUGUUUCUGUUGGCUUGUAAGGAUUCGAAGAGUCCGGUGGUGAUGGACUCGGUGAUUCUGCCGUGUAUGAAGAUUCUGCAGAGUGUGAUCAAGCCGGAGCAGCCGGUGUCGAAGAAGAAUAAGGAUAAGAGUACGGAGUCGUUGGCGACGAUACAACCGCCGGCGGGGAUUAGCAUUGAUAUCGGAAAGUGGUUGAGCGGGGAUUCGAUGUACACUUAUGCGAAUUGGUUGGAACGAGUGCCGACGAGGAAGAGCGAAGCGGGACCGAGCAAGCAGCUGACGAAGGAGGAAGCUAGAAUUGUUUAUUUGAUGGAGAAAUACGGUCAUCGGUGGCAUAAUCGCUGUCAUCAUUUGAGGGACAUGAAGUCUUUGAAAUUAGUCGAUGGCGCUUGGUUGAAGGAGGUUUUAUUCAAUCCGAGUUCGAGACUAGCGCGUCAAGUGGCUUGUACGAUGAUUGAAAGUCUCUGCCAGGGGAUGGAGAGGAAGAAAGAAUUGCUGGUCCUCCUGACGAAUUAUCUCGAGGAGGUUCACAUAGCCGGGGAAAGCAGCGCUGAAUUCUUGUCCCUUUAUCAGAGUCUAAUCAGACAGUCGCCUUGGAAGCAGUUCUUGGCCGUGAAAGGCGUUCUCACACUCCUCGCCGAGUUGUUGACCCGCGAAAUCGAGGAUCUUCACCGCCUCGAAGAAACGACUUUAACUAGCGAUCUCGCCCAGGGUUAUUCUUUGAAAAUGCUCACCGAACUCUUGGCAACCUUCCUCGAGCAGGAGAAUAUCAAGCAACACUACAAAGGAAGACUCGUAGGGGCCGUUCUCAAUGGUUACCUCUCGCUAAGGAGACUCGUCGUUCAGAGGACGAGACUGAUCGACGACACGCAGGAGAAGCUUUUGGAACUUUUGGAGGAGAUGACAACCGGAACAGAAGAGGAGACAAAGGCCUUUAUGGCCGUGUGCGUCGAAACGAUACAAAAGUACAGUCCCCAGGACGUAAGAACUCCGGUAUUUAUAUUCGAACGCCUCUGCUCGAUAAUCUAUCCCGAAGAGAAUGACGUCGGUGAAUUUUUCCUCACUUUGGAAAAGGAUUCCCAGCAGGAAGAUUUUCUCCAGGGAAGAAUGCUGGGCAAUCCCUACAGUAGUUUGGAACCCGGUCUCGGACCACUGAUGAGAGACGUGAAGAAUAAAAUCUGUCAGGAUUGUGAAUUGGUGGCAUUGCUCGAGGACGACAAUGGAAUGGAACUACUUGUAAAUAAUAAAAUAAUAAGUCUCGAUUUACCAGUGAAGGAGGUGUAUAAAAAAAUCUGGGUCGUCGAGGGUGGUGAGUGCGAUGCAAUGCGAGUUGUUUAUCGAAUGCGGGGACUUCUUGGCGAUGCGACGGAGGAAUUUGUCGAGACAUUGAAUGCGAAUAGCGAGCAGGAGGUGAAUAAUGAGGAGGUGUACAAAAUGGCGAAUGUUCUCGCUGAUUGCGGUGGUUUGGAGGUGAUGUUGAAUCGAUUGGCGGCUAUUCAGGACGUUAGUCGAGCGAGACCGUUGCUGCAGGUUUUGUUGAAAUUAUUCCGAUUGUCAGUGAAGGUGAAGAAGAAUCAGGAGGUUCUGAGUCGACCGGAAUUAAAGGCAGUGUCUGUUUUACUCGACGUUUUGCAAAGAUGUCUAGAGACGGAGUCUGAUAGUUCACAGGCGAAAAUAACGGAGCAAUUACUCGAUAUUAUGGAGACAAUUCUAGAAAAUGCGGCCGCACAACCAUUGAGUUCCUUUGAGGAAUUCUCAAAGACACUCGGCGGUGCGGAUCAUAUAAAAACACUUCUCUCCUGCACCCAAUCGUCAGCGGUGAGACAAUGCAAUAACGUUCUGAUGCACCUGGCUAGAGUCCUAGCCGCACUCACUUACGGCAACGAGGAGAAAAUGGCCCUACUUUGCGAUUAUUUCAAACCAGUUCUAAACUUUUACAAAUUCGAUUUUGAACACACAACCGAGGAUGAUCAGAAAUUGGAACUAUUUUGUAUUCUAACGCAAGGCAUUGAGAGAAAUGCGAUUGGAAACACACUCAAGGAUCAUAUUAUCAAUAUGGGAAUUGUUAAGGAUGCUUUCGAGUACAUAACGAUGCAUGCGCCUUGCGUGAAGCCAACAUUAUUGAGAACGGACAGUGAUGAAUUGAAGGACUUUAUAUCGAAACCGUCGUUGAAGUAUAUAUUGAGAUUUCUCACUGGACUUGCGACGGAACAUGAACCGAUACAAUUGUCAGUGUCGCCGGCGAUUAUAAGCAUUAUUCAUCGAUUGGAGCAGGUAUCGUCUGAUGAACAUGUGGGAUCAUUGGCGGAGAAUUUACUCGAGGCAUUGUGUACGAAUAAAAAAGUUUCGGAAUUAAUUGAAGAGGCGAGACAACAUACGAGGAGUGAGAAGAAGAGACUCGCGAUGGCAAUGAGAGAGAGGCAAUUGGGUGCUUUGGGAAUGAGUACCAAUGAUAAGGGUCAAGUCACUGCGAGUAAGACAAUUUUACAGCAAAUGGAGGAUCUGGGCGAUGAGACGGGUCUCAUUUGUGUUAUUUGCAGAGAGGGAUAUAAAUUCAAGCCCAAUAUGGUUCUGGGCAUAUACACAUUUACGAAACGAUGUAACGUGGAGGAGUUUGAGACGAAACAGAGGAAAACAAUCGGCUACACGACGGUGACACAUUUCAAUGUGGUGCACGUGGAUUGUCACAUGUCGGCUGUUCGAUUAGCAAGAGCGAGAGACGAAUGGGAGAGUGCAGCGCUGCAGAAUGCGAAUACAAAAUGCAAUGGUCUACUACCACUUUGGGGACCACAAGUUCCUGAAUCGGCAUUCGCCAGUUGUUUAGCGAGACACAAUACAUAUUUGCAAGAGUGCACGGGACAUCGCGACAUUUCUUAUUCGUCGACAAUUCACGAUCUUAAAUUACUCCUCUUGCGAUUCGCGCAGGAAAAAACUUUCCAUGAGGAUACGGGUGGUGGUGGACCACAGUCAAACAUGCACAUAAUACCUUAUUUAAUUCACAUGGCUCUCUAUGUGAUCAACACAACACGAUCGGCAGCGAGAGAGGAGAAAGCACACAUGUCGUAUUUACAUUCUACUGCCAGCUCCUCUUGGCUUGACAGUUGUUACGAGGCUGAUGGUCCAUUUUAUCAGUGCACACUGUCACUCCUUGUAAUGCCACCCUCACAAUGGAAUAAAUUCAGAAUUACUCAUUUGAGGAGACUCAUUAUUCUCGCUCAACAAAGAUACACUUCUCCUUCGUUGUCAACGAAAAAUCUCACCGAUGUUACCGUCAAAGAUUAUUCAGUAUACAAGAGUGUCCUUAUCUUCUUUGGUCUUGUCGAUUGCAUAUACAAUACAUUUUUUAAGAAAGUUGUUGUCACUUCAGACGAACAAUGGCCGUCAAUUUUAGCUGAAUAUAUUCGACACAAUGAUGAAGCUUUAUUGAAAGCUUCGGAGCGUGUUUUGGCAACCUAUCGAGAUGAAUUGUUACCUUGUGAAUCAUUCGAAGAAUAUUGUGAUGUUGUCGGUUUAAUCGAAGAUGUGACAGACAUUUCGUCGUAUAUAAGCAAAGUUCUGAAAGAUCUCGCUUAGUGAAAUCGGCAGCACGUCCCAAUUUUAAACGCUUUCUACACGACCUAUCUUCCCCUCAAAAUAAAUAAAA